CCUGCCCCUCUCUGACGGCUCCGGUCCCGCGCUCCUGACCGAGACUGGCCCGCGGGGCUCUCACCGACGGCACAGCCUGCCGCCUGCCCGUCCCCCGCCUGCUUCCCGCCAGGUGCCCUGUAGCCUGGCCACCGAGAUGCCUGGUGCUCCCCGGCUCUGGGCGCUGUGGCUUUGCACUGCUCUGAGCGCCUCCCUGGGCUCCGCGGGGCUCCCCCAGCGCGGCCCAGGGCAUGCAGUCUGCCCGGCUCCCUGCCACUGCCAGGAAGAUGGCAUCAUGCUGUCAGCAGACUGCUCAGAGCUGGGGCUGUCUUCUGUGCCCCGAGACCUGGACCCCCUGACGGCUUACCUAGACUUGAGCAUGAACAACCUCACAAAGCUGCAGCCCGGCCUCUUCCGCCACCUGCGCUUCCUGGAGGAGCUGCGUCUUUCUGGGAACCACCUGUCACAUAUCCCAGGACAAGCGUUUUCUGGACUCUACAGCCUGAAGAUCCUGAUGCUGCAAAACAACCAGCUGAGAGGAAUCCCCACUGAGGCGCUGUGGGACCUGCCGAGCCUUCAGUCUCUGCGCCUAGAUGCCAACCUCAUCUCUCUGGUCCCGGAGAGGAGUUUUGAGGGGCUGUCUUCCCUCCGCCACCUAUGGCUGGAUGACAACGCACUCACGGAGAUCCCUGUCAGGGCCCUCAACAACCUCCCUGCCCUGCAGGCCAUGACCCUGGCCCUCAACCACAUCAGCCACAUACCCGAUGGUGCCUUCCAGAACCUCAGCAGUCUCGUGGUGCUGCAUCUUCACAACAACCGCAUCCAGCAUCUGGGCACACACAGCUUUGAGGGGCUGCACAGUCUGGAGACUCUAGACCUGAAUUAUAAUCAACUACAGGAAUUCCCUGUUGCCAUCCGGACCCUAGGCAGACUGCAGGAACUGGGUUUCCACAACAACAACAUCAAGGCCAUCCCAGAAAAGGCUUUCAUGGGGAACCCUCUGCUGCAGACCAUACACUUCUACGAUAACCCAAUCCAGUUCGUGGGAAGGUCUGCGUUCCAGUACCUGCCUAAGCUGCACACACUGUCCUUGAAUGGUGCCACAGACAUCCAGGAGUUCCCUGAUCUCAAAGGCACCACCAGCCUGGAAAUCCUGACCUUGACCCGCGCAGGCAUCCGGCAGCUCCCAGCAGGGAUGUGCCAGCAGCUGCCCCGGCUCCGCGUCCUGGAACUGUCUCAUAAUCGAAUCGAGGAGCUGCCUAGUCUGCACCGGUGUCAGAAGCUGGAGGAAAUUGGCCUCCAGCACAACCGCAUCUGGGAAAUCCAAGCCGACACCUUCAGCCAGCUGAGCGCCCUGCGUGCCCUGGACCUCAGCUGGAACGCCAUUCGGUCCAUUCACCCUGAGGCCUUUGCCACACUGCGCUCCCUGGUCAAGCUGGACCUGACAGACAACCAGCUGAGUGCGCUGCCCCUGACCGGCCUGGGCGGCCUGAAGCACCUGAAGCUCAAAGGGAACCUGGCUCUGUCUCAGGCCUUCUCCAAGGACAGCUUCCCAGAACUGAGGAUCCUGGAAGUGCCCUAUGCUUACCAGUGCUGUGCAUAUGGUGUCUGUGCCGGCUUCUUCAAGGCGUCUGGGCAGUGGGGAGCCAAGGACUUCCACCUGGAUGAUGAGGAGGCGCCAAAGAGGGCCCUGGGCCUCCUGGCUGGGCAAACUGAAAGCCACUAUGACCUGGACCUGGAUGAGCUCCAGCUGGAGAUGGAAGACUCAAAGCCGCACCCCAGUGUCCAGUGUAGCCCUAUUCCAGGCCCCUUCAAGCCGUGCGAGCACCUCUUUGAGAGCUGGGGAAUCCGCCUGGCCGUGUGGGCCAUCGUGCUGCUCUCCGUGCUCUGCAACGGGCUGGUGCUGCUGAGCGUGUUCGCCGGGGGGCCCGUGCCGCUGCCCCCGGUCAAGUUUGUGGUGGGUGCCAUCGCGGGCGCCAACACGCUGACCGGCAUCUCCUGCGGCCUCCUGGCCUCGGUGGACGCCCUGACCUUCGGCCAGUUCGCCCAGUACGGCGCCCGCUGGGAGACGGGGCUGGGCUGCCGCGCCACGGGCUUCCUGGCCGUGCUGGGCUCCGAGGCGUCGGUGCUGCUGCUCGCGCUGGCGGCCGUGCAGAGCAGCGUGGCGGCGUCGUGCGCGCGCGCCCUCGGGCAGGCGCCGUCGGCGGGCAGCGUGCGCGCGGGGGCCCUGGGCUGCCUGGCGCUGGCCGGCCUGGCCGCCGCGCUGCCGCUCGCCUCGGUGGGCGAGUACGGGGCCUCGCCGCUCUGCCUGCCCUACGCGCCGCCCGACGGACAGCCCGCCGCCCUGGGCUUCGCCGUGGCCCUGGUGAUGCUCAAUUGCUUCUGCUUCCUGGUGGUGGCGGCCGCCUACAUCAAGCUCUACUGCGACCUGCCACGCGCAGGGGACCCGGACGCGGGCGGCGACUGCGCGCUGGUGCGCCACGUGGCCUGGCUCAUCUUUGCCGACGGGCUGCUCUACUGCCCCGUGGCCUUCCUCAGCUUCGCCUCCAUGCUUGGCCUCUUCCCCGUCACCCCCGAGGCCGUCAAGUCGGUGCUGCUGGUGGCGCUGCCGCUGCCGGCCUGCCUCAACCCGCUGCUCUACGCGCUCUUCACGCCGCACUUCCGGGACGACCUACGGCGCCUGCGGGGCUGCGCGCGCACCCCUGGGCCUCGCGCCUGCGCGUCCGCAGCCGGCGAGCUGCACAAGGGCUCGUGCGACUCCACGCAGGCCCUGGUGGCCUUCUCCGACGUCGAUCUCGUGCUGGAGGCUUCGGAGGCCAGCCAGCAGCCGGGCCUGGACACCUACGGCUUCCCCGCAGUGACCCUCAUCUCCUGCCAGCCACCGGCGGCCGGCCGGUUUAUGGAACCGGAAGGAACCCACUUUGGGAACCGGGAAGCCUCCCUGGACGGAGAGUUGUUGCUGAGGGCGGAGGGGGCCGUGCCAGGCGCUGGGGGCUUGUCACUGGGCAGAGGCUUCCCGCCCUCUGGCUCAGCCUUUGCCCCGCACUUGUAAAUGUCCCUCCUCGUCUUUUCUUCUCUUGCCGGUCUUCUCCUCCAUGAAUGAUGGCUGCUUGUAAAAUAAAUACAACCAAGGCCCACCAGUGUGGCCCACGGCAGGAGGGCCCAAGCCCUAGCUUCUUGGCUUCCCCACUCCCACCAUCAUCCAGUGUGCUGCUUGGUCUGGCCUGCCCUUGACCAUUCCCAACUUCAUGUUGAGAUCUGAAGCUGUAGAUCAGAGAGACUUGGGGAUUUCUCUGCUUAAGGGAAAUGAGGGGAUGAAAAACAGUGACUGGGGCCCUGAACGAGUCAGGGUUAUGGUGCAAGGGAUAGGCAGUAGGAUAGAAGCCUAAAAGUAGGCUGCCAAAGGCAUUUAUUUGGGCACGGCCCCCGUGUGACUCAUGGAUAGGAUACAAAAUGCGUCUUAGGUCCCACGGAUCUCGACAUAGGCCAUGCAAAAAGUCACUCUACAAAAGAAGUGUCGGGAGCCAUUGCACACACGUCCUGCCCCUUUUGUAGAUUCAUAGAGCAGGUCAGUGUUGUAAAGACUGAGAAUUCCUGCCAUGGUACACUGUUGAGCUAUGUUAGACCCAGAUUCCCACAUUUGACAACAGGUUUGUGUCUGCUUCUUUGAUGUUCAUGGAAUAUCUGUAAACAACUCACGGAACUUAGCAUGGCUCUCUCCCAAGUAGUUCACCCCCUGUACCACUUGGAGCUACCCCGUGAUAUCCAAGUUGCCACUAAAUCCUUAAAAGCCCUGACUACAGGAGCUCCAUCUGGGAUCAAACUGGUGGUUCCACCCACCAGAGGAGACUGCACCCACCUGCUCGUCCCUCCAGCCUCAUCCUCCAGCACUGGGGAGGGAAGAAAGGGAAUCAGCAUUUAUGUGCUCCAGUUCCCAUCCCAAGCCUAGCCGCCAAUGAGAGCUGUCUUCAGCAAGAGGGAGGACUCCUGCAUCCCCUGGAAGGGAGCGCACAGAGAGGUCUGGGGCUGUCUGGCUUUCCUUUUGGCUUCCUGUGAUUCUCUGUCAUCUGACCUUGCUACCUCCUACCACAAACCAUGAGCCUCCUCCUUUUCUGUAGGACUGGGAGCUCUUAGCAAAUUGGAGGGAUAUUUGUGUUGCACAUAUUAUAUUGUAGAAAUUUAGGAUUCCUGGGUGCCCCCAAAUAAACAAUGAACUCUCUGCCUCUCCCAUAAUAACUUUCCUACCUGUGGCUGACCAAGCACCCCUAUGUAGUUCCAGAGUGUAUGCUCCCCACUCCAAAACGCUUACACACUCCUCAGGACCAGGAGCUGAGAACUGGCACAUAUAUUCUUGCAUACAUGAAGGGUGAUUCUUACAAACAUAAAGAGGGAGCUCAGGGCUCAAAAAUGGGUAAGAUUUGUACCAGGUCACCUACCCACCCAUCGGGAAAGGAGUCUGGAAUCUGAGUCUGAAAAGGAUAUAGUCCCUAAUUCCCCUGUUCAAAGAGCUCCUCUCUUGAGAUAUGCUUAACAAAGGCCUACUUUCAAAGCCUGUAGUUUAAUUUCCCCUGUAUUUCCUUGUUGCCACCAUGUCUGAUAGAAAUUCUAAAGUGACUCAGUGAGACUGCCUCCACUGGUGAGAAGAAGUGAAGUAGAUCGUGGGUGAAACUUAGUGCAUUUCUAUAGCCCGGUUCUCCAGUGAGUUGGCUACACUCUUUCCUGCUACCAAGUGCGCUGCCCUUAUAAUCAGAGAAGAACCUGAGUGUCCUAGUUCAGCUCAGCCUCAGCAUAGGUACUCCUAAAUGAUGGUAAACUCCCUGUCAAUCAGUUAUUCAAGGACACUGGCCUCUCUGUUUCCUAGGGAAGAUAAGAGCCCUUGUGGAAGAAGUUUCCUCUGCUUUGGGUCCUGAGAAUUGGUGUCUCUUUUCUUGGGAAAAGAGUUCUCUAAGGACCCCAAGGGAUAGACAUAGCUGGUAUAACUUGGGGGUCCUUGACUUCCAGGAAGUCAGUUGAUCACCUCCUCAUAGCUCCUCACCCUUCCCUUGGAGUGUAGGAACCAGUGCUGUAAAAUGUGAGAUAGAACAAGGAAAGAACCUCUACAGGCAAUCUCUUCUGUGAAAAGGGACCCAGUGGUCUUCUUAGCUGCAGGAUUGAGGAUGGCACCAUCAUCCUCUUUAUCUCUGACCUUACAGAUCCAAGCAUCUGCCCAGGUGAAGAGGGAAAAAGUAGUGAGUGUUUGCCUUGAACUAGGAGAACAUCCUGGUAGAUGUUCUCCAUAUAUCCAAAAUAAGGCGGUAAAGCACCAUUUCUUUGUUUUCGACUGGCUGUCUAGCUAGUGGAUACACUCACUACUCCUUUGGAUAGCUCCAUUAUGAUCUCUAGAUUAUGAUGAUUAUGUAGAUUUCUGACUAAACAUGUAAUCAAAAAAACCAGAUUAUCCAAUGCAUGUUAAUGCAUUUUGUUUGGUUGACGACGUCUUCCAGGAUGGUGUCCACAGGGAAGAAUCCAUCCCAGGGGCCUGUGGUGGUGGAAAUGUUGGGAAUUGUUGACCUGGUAUGUGUUCCCUUGGGCUCUGUGUGUUGUGCUUUGGCAAAAAUUGCCAACCACAAUCUCUUCUCAGACCAACUUGUGGAGAAGAACUUCCUAUAGUGCACCAAUGGUUUUCCAAGCAAGGCUGUUACUCACCAAGAGGAAAACCCUCAAUUCAGUGCUGAGCUUUGAAGACUAGGAAUUAACAGAGCCUCUAGCUGAGCCUUCUCUUGGCCAUUCUCUUCCCCACUCCCAGCGUCCCAACCUCCUCAGUUUUCCUUUUGCAAGAGGAAUAAAAGGCCUAAGGAUCAAGGGACGGGAAGGAAAAAGGGCUGACAGUAAUAAGAAGCCUUGAGUAAGUGAUCACCGUGAGAGGUAGCUAGAACCUUUGAUCCUUUCUGGAGCCAUGUUCCCUAACUACCUCUGCUCUGGUGCAGCAAGUUCCUCCACAUCCACCUCCCAUGGCACUUCUGAGUUUUAGUUCCUUACCCUCCUCAGCUCGUGUGAAGUGUAAGAAUUUUCACGAUGUAAAUAUUUGGAUUCUUCUGUGUAAUAAAGCACCAAUGAAGUUUCA